GCGGCGGAGGGAGCAAUGCCCGUGGGGGGCCUGUUGCCGCUCUUCAGUAGCCCAGGGGGCGGCGGCCUGGGCGGGGGUCUCGGCGGCGGCGGCAGGAAGGGGUCGGGUCCCGCUGCCUUCCGCCUAACGGAGAAGUUCGUGCUGCUGCUGGUGUUCAGCGCCUUCAUCACGCUCUGCUUCGGGGCGAUCUUCUUCCUGCCCGACUCCUCCAAGCUGCUCAGCGGGGUCCUGUUCCACUCCAGCCCCGCCCUGCAACCGGCCGCCGACCACAAGCCUGGGGCCGGGGCGCGCGCUGAGGACGCGGCCGACGGGCGAGCCCGGCGCCGCGAGGAGGGCGCGCCCGGAGACCCGGCGGCCGCCCUGGAGGACAACUUGGCCAGGAUCCGCGAAAACCACGAGCGGGCUCUCAGGGAAGCCAAGGAAACCCUGCAGAAGCUGCCCGAGGAGAUCCAAAGAGACAUCCUGCUGGAAAAAGAGAGGGUGGCCCAGGACCAGCUGCGUGACAAGGCAGCGCCCAGGGGACUGCCCCAGGUGAACUUCGCGCCCCCCAUCGGGGUGCAGGGCCGGGAGCCCUCAGACCCCACCAUCCGCGACAAGAGGGCAAAGAUCAAAGAGAUGAUGAAACAUGCUUGGUAUAAUUAUAAACGUUACGCUUGGGGAUUAAAUGAACUGAAACCUAUAUCAAAAGAAGGCCAUUCAAGCAGUUUGUUUGGUAACAUCAAAGGAGCAACGAUAGUCGAUGCCCUGGAUACACUCUUUAUUAUGGGAAUGAAAGAUGAAUUUCAAGAUGCAAAAUCAUGGAUUGAAAAAAAUUUAGAUUUUAAUGUGAAUGCUGCAAUUUCUGUUUUUGAAGUAAAUAUACGCUUUGUUGGUGGACUGCUCUCAGCCUACUAUCUGUCUGGAGAAGAGAUCUUUCGAAAGAAAGCAGUGGAACUUGGGGUAAAAUUGCUACCUGCAUUUCAUACUCCCUCUGGAAUACCUUGGGCAUUGCUGAAUAUGAAAAGUGGGAUUGGAAGUAACUGGCCCUGGGCCUCAGGAGGCAGCAGUAUUCUGGCAGAAUUUGGAACCCUGCAUUUGGAGUUUAUGCACUUGAGCUACUUAUCAGGAAACCCCAUCUUUGCUGAAAAGGUAAUGAAUAUUCGAACAGUCCUGAACAACCUGGAAAAACCACAAGGCCUUUAUCCUAACUAUCUGAAUCCCAGUAGUGGACAGUGGGGUCAACAUCAUGUAUCAGUUGGAGGACUAGGAGACAGCUUUUAUGAAUAUUUGCUAAAGGCAUGGUUAAUGUCUGAUAAGACAGAUCUAGAAGCUAAGAAGAUGUAUUUUGAUGCUAUUCAGGCGAUUGAGACUCACUUGAUCCGCAGGUCUAGCGGGGGACUGACUUACAUCGCUGAGUGGAAAGGAGGCCUCCUGGAGCACAAGAUGGGCCACCUGACCUGCUUUGCAGGAGGCAUGUUUGCACUUGGUGCUGACGGAGCUCCCGCAGGCCUGGCCCAGCAUUAUCUCGAGCUCGGGGCUGAAAUUGCCCGUACCUGUCAUGAAUCUUACAAUCGCACAUAUGUGAAGCUGGGACCAGAAGCUUUCAGAUUUGAUGGUGGCGUUGAAGCCAUUGCUACAAGGCAAAAUGAAAAAUACUACAUCCUACGGCCAGAAGUCGUUGAGACUUACAUGUACAUGUGGCGACUGACUCAUGAUCCAAAGUACAGGAAAUGGGCCUGGGAAGCUGUAGAGGCCCUGGAAAGUUACUGCAAAGUGAACGGAGGCUAUUCGGGCCUGCGGGAUGUUUACGCCAGACACGAGAGUUACGAUGAUGUGCAGCAGAGUUUCUUCCUGGCAGAGACACUGAAGUAUUUGUACGUACUAUUUUCUGAUGAUGAUCUUCUCCCACUGGAACACUGGGUCUUUAAUACCGAGGCACAUCUUCUCCCUGUACUCCGGACAGAUAAAAAGGCAGUUGAAGUCAAAAAAAAAUAAAAAGACCCUUUAUAUUUUACUCUGCUCCAUUCCCUUCACUGCAUACCUUAAUAAUUCCUUUCUGGUAUUCAGGCACAUGACAAGUUUUUACUAAUAGAUCUGUGAUUAUUCUAAGUUUUAAACUUGUUUUGCAGUCUAUUAUGUUUAUUAUCAUAAGCAUCACCUAUUGCUAUCAAGUCGAUUCCAGCUCAUAGCAACCCUAUAGGACAGAGUAGAACUGCCCUAUAGGGUUUCCAAGGAGCAGUUGGUGGAUUUGAACUGCCAACCUUUUGUUUGGCAGCUGAGCUUUUAACCACUGAGCCACCAGGGCUCCAAUUGUAAGCAUAGACGGACCUAAAUUUCUGAUUGUAUCCUUUAUUAUUCCACCAGUGGAACCACAGGGUUUUUCUUUUUUAAGUAAUCUGUUAUCUCUGAAGUUUGUGAAUUCAUAGUAUCACUUUUAUUAAACUGAAUAGGAUGGUCUACCAGUGACCUCUUAAUUACAGUUCUGAUUUGACUGCAAAACUUUUUCCUCCUCUAUGAGGAGAUGAUGUCUGCUUUAAGCUGUAAUGUUUUGCCAUGUUGCAAAAAGCCAUAAUAAUAAAGUAUUAAAAAGCUCUCUUCUUUUCAACUUCAUGUUAAUCUGGUUUGUCUACCCACCAGAGACAAAUCUUAUGACUGUGACAGCCUCCUUCUUAUGCGGGUCUAUCGUUAUUUGAUAGAGUAUCUUCUAAAACCUUCACUCACAUUGUAAUUCAAAUUAGGAAGUCAUCCCAAAAGGAUCAUCUCAUGUUGACCUCAUUUCAUUGGAACUGAAGUAUGUUUUUGUUGAUUAAUUAUAAUUUGUGAAUUUGUUCUCAGAUUUUACUUUAAAUGUCCUGUGUCAUUUCUGGAUCUGUAUUGGUUAAUUUCUUUCAUUUCCUACUACAUGGUGGAACUCAGAAGUUUUGCAGAGCUCUGCUACCACUGAAUUGUAUUUUUAAAAGGGAAAAACUAUAAUUUUUAGUGUGUCCACUCUUGCUUUUAACUGAGUAUAUGAAGAAAUUGGGUCUCUCUAAAGAGAAGAUAUUUCAGAUGGCUUUUAGUUUAUGUUUGCAUUUUAUCUAUUUUUUUAUUUUUCUUGAGAAAAAGAAAUCAUUCUAUUUGGUUCGGAUUGGAAAAGGGCCCUUUCUCAAAUGCAGUCAAUUAUUUCAUUUUAAUUUAUGAAAGCAAGAUUUGACUUUGUGAAGGAAACUUUGCCAUUUAUCUAUUCAUGGUCAUUUGAGGAAAAUCUAACACACUUUUAGGCCAAAUAAGAAUAUAGUAUAUUUAGUGUGAUUAAACUCAACAUAGAGAUCCCAGCUUAGAAGCAACACAUAGGUAUGCCUACUCCCAACCCCCCACAAACCUGCAGCAGAUCAAAAUAAUAAUACAAUUCUUCAGAACAUUAAGUUUUGAGAUAUUAACUCUUUUUCCAAGAAUAGAUUGGUUAUAGCUUGUGUUUUCUAUCACAUUCGUUUAUAUUUUAUAUAUAUUUCCAUGAAAGGGCUAACAUGAUGCAUACUGAGGUACAUACAGACUUUGAACCACCCAAAUUUUCAACCUGUAGUGGUCGAACAGAUCAGUGUAACCCCAUAGGUUAGACAGAACCACAGGAAAUUGCCAUAUUUGUAGUUCAUAAACUGACAAAUAUCAGCAAUUUUCUAUGGUUCAGCCUAAUAUUUUUUAAAGAUAGUUAUAGUUUUCUUAGGUCUCCAUAGACUUAAUAGCUUCUGCUAUAAAGUGCUUUAAAAGCUUGCCUUUGUCUGAAAGGACCAACUUGUGUGAGCUUUUUUUUUUUUUUCAGUACUGUACAUGGGGUAUAUCUCAAAGAAUAAGUUAAUAAAAUUAGUAAAUGGAAGUAUCCUUCAGUACAUCAUGAUUGCCUUGUUAAUGUGUCUCUGUGACCCAGAAUAACUUCUCCCACCCAUAUUUUCAGCUCACCUAGUGAAACAAACGGAUAGUGAGGGUACCUUUUAUCCAGAAUGUAAAGCAAAGUAUAAAAAAUUAUUGCCAAAAUUGGGCUAUAUGUAUUUAGGUUAUAAUUUUCAUAUAAACAUCCUUUGACUAGCAACUUAAUUAUUUGCUUUUUUGAUUUAAAAGAGCACAAAGCUGAUAACGUAUUUCUGCAGCACAGAGUAUUUCAAUCAGGCUCUAUGUACACACUGCCCUAUAAUUACCAUUCGUAUCCUGGUAUAAGUAGACAAGAUUGUACUGCACAUUGCUCUGCCAGUGGCAAGAAUAAAGUUUUUUUAAAUUCCAAAACUUGGAUUUUUUUAAAGAAAAUUCCAAAAACACCAAAAAUGUAAACAAGAGAUUAAUAAUAUGGUGAUGUAAUUUAAUUAGUUAUAUUUUAUGUUAAUUAUAUUUUAAACAAAUGAAGUUGUUAGGUAGAUAUUGUCUUUUGUUCAUUUUCACCAAAACCGUGCAGUUAAGUUUACAUAUAUAUAUUCACAUCCUGAAGGGUGAAUAAUUAAAAAAGCACUUAAUUUUGUGUUUAUGCAAUAUGUUUUGGAUAUACUUUGUGCAAUUAAUAUUACACAUAUAAGUAGUAUGGCAGUUUACAGAACCCACUGAUGUUUGUCAUAACUUCUUCAUGUGUAUUACCCAUUCUUCACAUUGGUUGUUUUUGAUUUGUACAUAAAUCCAUUCUGUCAUUUCUAACUUUAUAUAAAUCUCUAAUGUUAUGGGAUACAUAAUAGAUUGAUGCAUAAUUUUUAAAAGCUAUAUUUGUAAAAUUUCUCUAUUGUGAAUAAAGCCUUUUAAUAUAUCUCCUUAUUUGUUGUUUUUCUCCUUUAAGUAAGCUACUGUAUAUCUAGAGGUGAGUGCCAACAGUUGGAAAUGUAAAUAUUAGAUCCUUUUAGUGUUUCCGUACCACACGUAGAGAAUCUUGACAAGGAAACAUUUCCCAUUAAAAACUUCAAACUGAUUGUGCAUUUAGUUAAUCAAAUACCUUUAUGAAGAAUCUAGCGUAUGUUAAACACUAGGCCACGCAGGGUAGGGGUGAGGGGGCGGGGUUGGUAUCAGAAAUAGCGCAAAAUGUGAUCCUUGUGUUUAAGUUUGCAAUCUGAACAAGGAGAUUAGACUAACCACCCAGAAACAAGACAACAGCAUUUAGUUGUGUUAAAUUACAAGUUAAAUUCUUCUGUAGAAGUCCAGGUGAGCUGGAGGUCAGUAGGAGUUGAGUAGUCAGAGAGGCUUAGUGGAAAGAGAGAAGCUAUAGGAGAGCUUAUGAUACCUCUGAUAAGUAGCAGAUCACCAGGUCUUUCUCCUGUAGAGCCGCUGAGUGGAUUUGAACUGCCAACCUUUGCACCACCAGGGCUCUUUAUAUUACAUAUUUACUUCCUUAUUUGUUUAUUGUCUGCCUAACCCCUUGUAAUUUAAGCUCCAUGAGAGCAGAAACUAUUUGGACUUCUUUUUUCCAUUGCUCUUAACUCCAAUGCCUCAGACAGUAUCCAGCUCUUGAUACCGUACAAUGAGUGGUGAAUGAAUGAACAAAUGAAAUUCCACUUUAUAUUCAUAGGCUUUGCUUCAACUAUUUGCAAAAGCCUUUUAAUGAGCAUUAAUUAAAAAAAAAAAAGUACUUGUAUUACAUAAGGAUGUUUCAAUUGAACUAUCAUAAGAAUGGGCAUUGUUUUUAUUGCUACUGGUAGUGGUUUUAAGGGAUUAUAGAGGAUAUUUGUGUUUGUGUUUGUGAUUGGAAUCAACUCAACAGAUUUUUUUUAAAAACUACUCAGAUGAUUAAAGUGCUAUCCUACGAUAGUUUUUUAGUGUUAUGAUUUAAAUAGCCUUCUAUUGUUUUCUGUGACAUAAUUUCACAGUCCCUGUCUCAUAUAAAGAAAAUAUUUCAGCAGCAUCAAGCAAAGGAAUUGGUUUCUUACAGUCAAAUGGGAACCUUCUGAAUUCAACCAUUUGUAACAUAUCUUUGACACUGGUUGUAUUUACUCUGUGGUGAUAGAAUUAUUAAAAAUUAGUCUAAGCAUGAUUUUUAUUUACACUGUCAGCCAUCCACACAGAGAUGUCAGCUUGGCAGCUCAUAUUUCUGAUCUCUGAUAACUGUAUAGAGACAUUUGCUUAAAGUUUUUUGAGAAGCUAACAGAAAAUCUUUUUUCAUUUAGACAUAGCGUACAUGUAUCUAAUUGCCAUUUGAGCUCCCUGGAUUGCAGCUGAAAUGUGCAGGUGAGGAGGAGAAUCUUAUUUAAUCUUUUUUAACUGAUUUGAUGGCCUGGAGACCGAUUUCUAUUUUUUCCAGAUCAUUCCAUUCACACUAGCCAACAUGAGUCAUAAUCUUCAAGCAAUAUUUGCCAAGCAUCAAGAUAUGCACAUAAAGUUUUAGAACUACAUGGGGGUCUAGAUGUCAUUUAGUCCAACUCUCUUAUUUUAAAUAUGAGGAAACUGAGGGAUUUUUCCAAGAUAUAGAAACUUUGCUACACUGGCGCUGUGCUGUGAAGAUGCAGGGAUAUGAUAUGGGGGUAAGAUUUUAUACUAAUGAAAAAAAAGUGUAUGAGAGUAUGUUUCUGUCCAACCACCCACUCCUUUUGACUAAAUAAAGGUGCAAAUUCAGAAUCCAGUCUUGGGAAUUUGUCUAAGGCUAUUUCCCAAAGUGCGGGCGAUAGUUCACUUACAUCAGAAUCUCUUGGCAGUUUUAUUAAAAUGCAGAUUCAAGAGGCUUACUCCAGAUUUAACAAAUCAAAAUUGUGGUCCCACCCAUUAUCAUCCAGUGGAUUCCAACUCAUAGCAACCCUAUAGGACAGAGUAGAACUGCUUCAUAGGGUUUCUAAGGAGUGGCUGGUGGGUUCCAACUGCAGACAUUUUGGUUAGCAGCCAAACUCUUAACCACUGUAUCACCAGGGCUCCUCCCUGGAAUAUACAUGUUAACUAGCUGUUUGUGUUAUUCCUUUGCAUAGUAAAGUUCAAGAAGCAUAAUUUUAAGCUAGAAGUCUGUGCAAGUUCCAACACUAGUGAAGUAAUUAAUUAGCUGGUCAUAACUAGCAUAUGUACCUUUUUCUUUAUUUUUGUUUCUACCUCAAAGUUCAAUCACAAGAACUUGAGACAAAAUUUUGAUCACUUUGGAAAUGUAGACUCAUCCUUUUUCACAAAAGUGUUUCCAAGCAAUGAGCUAUAUACCUAAGUCUUUUAGAAACAGAUUUACACUGGGUUUGUAAGCGUAAUUCUUUCUCCUGGGGGAAAUCCUAAAAGUGUUAACUUCAAUCAUGCCUGUUUCUAUUGGUGACUAUUUCAUUUGCUUUCUUCUCCUGAUGGCUGCUUUCAAGGUCAGUUCUCAAAUUGCUUCCUCUGUUCUUGUUGAUUUUGACGUGAUUGUUACUUGCAUAGACUACACAGAAAUCCAAGUGUGGCCAUAGGUCAUGUAAAUGUAAAAGACGUUCUUGGAAAUGAUCUCUGAAAAGUGCCUCAUUUUCCCUCCUCUGGUGUUUUUACAUUCACUGCAAUGCUAAUCAUCAAAAAUUUGUUGGCUCACUAUUAUUAUGAUUACUCUGAAUCCCCUUAAAAUAUGUCAUUACUUGCUGAAUAAUUCGGAUUGUGCCACAGAUCCAUUUAAUUUCCAGUGAAUGCAAAUUACCACAAAACCUCAGAAAACAGUGAUGGAUGUAUAACUUUAAAAAAAAAAAAAAAAAAAAAAACUUCCACC